UUUACAUAUUUAUCAAUAAAUUAUUGAGUUUCCGAAAAUAAAAGAAAUUGAUCUGAUUAGCUGUUCCAGCAAUGGAGGUGAAGGCAACUCCAACUCUAGAAGAUAACACAAUAGCAACACUCUACGAAGCAUCACUAGAUGGCAGUGUAAGUACCUUAAACACCCUGAUCCAAAGGAACCCUCUUAUUCUGAAUAGAGUUUCACUCUCUCCCUUCAGUGAAACCCCAUUACACAUAGCCUCUUUGCUUGGCCAUUUGAACUUCUGUGAGGUUCUUCUUAAAAGAAAACCAAGUUUAGCUAGUGAAGCUGACUCUGAAGGACGUUUCCCUCUUCAUCUGGCUUGUGCUGAAGGCAACACUGAGGUUGUGAAAGCUCUUUUGCUCACAAAUUCAGAUGCUUGCUUUGCUCUGGACAAAGAUGACAUGCUUCCUCUCCACUUGGCUGCAAUGAGAGGACGCAUAGGAGCAAUUCAGGAGUUGACCAGAGCCAGACCUGACUCCAUUCAUCAGAUCUUUGAUGAUGGCUCUGUUCUGCACUUGUGUGUUAGGUAUAAUCAUUUGGACGCCUUGAAAUUCUUUGUACAAUCAGCAACAAGUGAACAACAGUUUCUGCUUGCCAAAGACAAAGAAGGUAACACAAUUCUGCAUUUAGCAGUGAGGCUCAAACAAAUUAAGACCAUAAAAUACUUACUUAUGCUACCCGAAAUUAGAACAGCAGCUAAUACUCUAAACGAGGCAGGUUUGACAGCUUUAGAGGUGUUGGAGGGUUGUCCAAGAGAUUUUCUUAGCCUUAAAAUUGAAGACAUGUUGAUUGAAGCUGGGGUUAAAAGAUGUGCACACCAACAAGGGUCAUCACCAUUUCAAGCAGAAUCAGCAUCACUAGGAUCCAAGAGAGAGAAGUUCUGGGAGACAUUAUGGUUGAAGUACCUGAAACUGAAAUACCGAACUAAUUGGAUAGAAGAGAAACGAGGGACAUUGAUGGUAGUGACCACUGUAAUUGCCACCAUGACUUUUGAAUCAUCAAUAAGUCCACCAGGUGGGGUGUGGCAAGAAGAUUCAAUCACCGGUUCCUGCACAACUUAUGGCAUCUGCAAAGCUGGCACUGCAGUUUUAGCUUAUGCUUCGCCACAUGACUACAAGAAGUUCAUAAUGUACGACACUAUUUCUUUCGUUUCGUCUCUUUGUGUGGUGGUGCUGCUCAUUAGCUUGAUAAUAAUCCCGUGGUUUGGAUGUUGACCAUUGCUAUGUUCUCGGCACUUGCAUCCAUGGGGAACACAUACUUUUUGGCACAGUACAUGGUGACCCCCGAUCACAUGGUUCAUAAAGUUUAUUGGAUGCGCAUUCCUUUGUAUGUAGUUUGGUCAAUCAUACUUGUAGUCAUUGUUUUGUUUCACCUGCUUUUCUUAGUCUUCUGGUUAAAGAAGUGGAAAAACAAGCUACUGCAUGGCCCAGACCGCUUCCCUUAAGAAUUGGUCCACUGAAUUAGAAUGAUUACAAAUUAUUAUCACCGUAAG